GGGUGAACGCCCUCCCUGCGUGCUAGUUCGCUCAGCCACCGCUGCGCGCGAGCCCGGUGUCCCCGCGGCGGCGGCCAGCAGCGGCAUCUGCGUCGGUGAAACGCGGCAGGGGCUAAGGGAGCCCACUGGGGUGGCUGCUGCAACUGCGAAAUGGCGGAGACAGUGGCGGACACCCGGCGACUGAUCACCAAGCCGCAGAAUCUGAACGACGCCUAUGGGCCGCCCAGCAACUUCCUUGAGAUUGAUGUGAGCAACCCUCAGACAGUGGGGGUCGGCCGGGGCCGCUUCACCACCUAUGAAAUAAGAGUCAAGACAAAUCUGCCUAUUUUCAAGCUGAAGGAAUCUACUGUUAGAAGGAGAUACAGUGACUUUGAAUGGCUACGAAGUGAAUUAGAAAGAGAGAGCAAGGUUGUAGUUCCCCCACUCCCUGGGAAAGCAUUUUUGCGUCAGCUUCCUUUUAGAGGAGAUGAUGGAAUAUUUGAUGACAAUUUUAUUGAAGAAAGGAAGCAAGGGCUGGAGCAGUUUAUAAACAAGGUCGCUGGUCAUCCUCUGGCACAGAAUGAACGUUGUCUUCACAUGUUUUUACAGGAUGAAAUAAUAGAUAAAAGCUAUACACCAUCUAAAAUAAGACAUGCCUGAAACUUGGCGAGAAGGGGAAAAGAAACAAACUUUCUGUGACUAUUAAUGAUUCGUAUGCACCAGUGAAGAAGUUCUAACUUUUAGCAUGCUGCACAGAAACUGGUAUAUCUUGCCUUUAGUAAUACUAAUACUCAUAUGCUCUGCUUUGUUUUGUUUUGUUUGGGCAGUUGACAAGAAGUUAAUUUGCUUUAGUGAAAAUCCCUCAUUCCAGCCUUUCUGUAUAAUGAUGCUUCCUUGCUGUUCUAACGUGGUGCACUCUUUAGCCUCACAAAGUUGUUAUUCCAGCAUAAGCUCCAGUAUCCCCACUAAAGUUACUGAUCUGACCUUAUCUGCACAGUUUUUGUGUCAUGUUUGCUUCUUGAAUAACUAGGAUAUUUCUCUUAUUGCCUUUUUCAUAUGUGAUGUCACUUGACCUAAUUUAUGUGUAGGAGCACUGCACCAUGGGCUGCCGGCACCCUGCACAUGAGACACACACUUGUAUGCUGAACAUAUCUCCCUGCAGGCUUGUAAUGCCCUGCACAUAGAAGAUCAGUGAGGGGAAUCUUUAUAUUCUGUAUAAGGACAAAAGCAAAUUUAUAUACUAAAAUCAUUUGUCUAAAAAUUUAAGUUGUUUUCAAAUAAAAAUAAAAAUGCAUUUCUGAUAUGUA